AUGGCGACGAGGCUUAGCAUAUUGGAAAUCCUUCUGAUCAUCUUCAUCGUAAUUGUGUUGGUUAUAGAUAUCCUCUUGCUGCUUCUUGUGUUGGAGAAAACUUCAGAUACCUCAUUUAUUCCGGAGUGCCCAGAAAUCCCCGAAUCAGAAAGGAUAGACUGCGCCCCUGGCCAGGAGGUGACAGAGGAAGUCUGCAGACAGAAAUAUCAGUGCUGCUGGAAGCCUGUGCCAGAUACUGAUGUUCCCUGGUGCUUCUUCCCCAAGAACUGGGGCUAUGAGAUCAGCAAUUGGGUUACAAAUAAAAGCACAGCAUACGCUGCCCAGUUGAGAAGGUUGCCAUCCCCAUCUCUGUUUGGAAAUGAUGUAAUCAACGUCCUCUUCACAGCUGAAUAUCAGACAUCCAAUCGUUUUCAUUUUAAGAUCACUGAUUUCAAUAACGUGCGCUAUGAAGUCCCCCAUGAAAAUGUUAAGCCGUUUGGUGGGACCGCUGAUACCUCCAAUUUGAGCUAUCAUGUCGAAGUCACUCAUAAACCCUUCAGCAUCAAACUAACGAGGACCAGCAACAAAAGAGUCUUGUUGGACACCAGCAUUGGGCCCCUGCUGUUUGCUGAACAGUUCCUGCAGCUGUCCAUCCGACUGCCCAGUGCCAACGUGUAUGGGCUGGGAGAACACGUGCACCAGCAGUACCGCCACAACAUGGCCUGGAGGACCUGGCCCAUCUUCACCCGGGAUGCCACCCCCACCGAGGGCAUGAUUAAUCUGUACGGAGCUCACACAUUCUUCUUGUGCCUCGAAGACACCAGCGGCAACUCUUUCGGAGUUUUUCUGAUGAACAGUAACGCCAUGGAGGUCACCCUUCAGCCCGCUCCUGCUGUCACUUACCGCACAAUCGGGGGCAUCCUUGACUUCUACGUGUUCCUGGGAAACACUCCAGAACAAGUGGUUCAGGAAUACCUGGAGCUUGUUGGACGGCCAUUCUUGCCUCCCUACUGGAGUCUUGGGUUUCAGCUUAGUCGCAGGAAUUAUGGUGGCAUCGAUGGACUGAAAAAAGUUGUAAACCGAAAUCGUGACGCUGAGAUCCCAUAUGAUGUCCAGUACUCUGACAUAGACUACAUGGACGGAAUGAAGGAUUUCACUAUUGACGGAGUGGCUUUCCAUGGUCUCUCAGAUUUUGCCAAAGAGUUACAUAAAUAUGGACUGAAAUAUGUAAUUAUUAUGAAUCCUGGCAUCUUAAAUAACUCUGACUACCAGCCUUAUGUGAAUGGAAGAAAAAAGAGAGUGUGGAUCUUGGGGGACAAAGGCUUUGUUGUUGGACAGGGAUACCCUGGAUGGACAGUUUUUCCUGACUUUACUCAUCCGCUUUGUACUGAGUGGUGGACAGAACAAUUCAGUGAAUUUUAUAAAACUCUGGAGUUUGAUGGAGUGUGGAUUGAAAUGGAUGAAGUAUCUAGCUUUCUCCAAAAUUCUGAUCAUGAGUGUGAAAUAAACGAGUUGAAUUAUCCUCCUUUCAUUCCUCGAGUUCUGGACCGCUUGCUUUUUGCAAGAACCCUCUGCAUGGAUGCAGAGUUUCAUGGGGGCUUUCACUAUGACUUGCACAGCUUGUAUGGCUACACCAUGGCGAGAGCCACAGACUCGGCCAUGGCGAAUAUCUUCCACAAUAAAAGAAACUUCAUCUUAUCCCGCUCUACCUUUGCUGGAUCUGGCAAAUUUGCUGCUCAUUGGUUGGGGGACAAUGUGGCCAGAUGGGAUGAUCUCCGAUGGUCCAUCCCCAGUAUCCUGGAGUUCAAUCUAUUCGGCAUCCCCAUGGUAGGUGCCAACAUCUGUGGUUAUACAGAAAAUGUCACAGAGGAACUCUGCAGAAGGUGGAUGCAGCUGGGAGCAUUUUAUCCACUAUCAAGGAAUCACAAUGGGCCUGGGUUCAGGGACCAGGAUCCUGCUGCCUUUAGUGAGAACAACUAUAUGCUGUUGAAUUCCUCCAGACGCUAUCUGAACAUCCGCUACACCCUGCUGCCUUAUCUCUACACCCUUUUCUACCGAGCUCAUACCCUGGGGGAGACCGUAGCAAGGCCCCUCGUCCAUGAGUUCUACCAGGACCCAGCUACCUGGGGGGUACACGAGCAGUUCCUCUGGGGACCUGGACUCCUCAUCACGCCUGUUUUAUAUGAAGGUAUGAACCGCUCAAAGGCAUACAUACCGGACGCCAUCUGGUACGACUAUGAGAAUCGACAAGCUGUAGAAUGGAGGAAACAAUUCGUGGAGAUGAUGCUGGCGGACGAUGAGAUAGGACUCCACCUGCGAGGAGGCUACAUCUUUCCCACGCAGCAGCCAAACACAACCACGGAGGCCAGUCGGAAGAAUUCCCUGGGACUGAUCAUUGCCUUGGACUAUAAGAGAGAAGCAAAGGGAGAGCUGUACUGGGAUGAUGGUGUCUCUAAAGAUGCUGUAACUGAAAAGAAUUAUACUCUGUAUGAGUUUUCUGUCACCUCGAACCGUCUGCAGGCAAAGAUCAUAAAUAGUAAUUAUAUGGACCCCGACAACCUCACAUUUACAGAUAUCAUCAUCUUGGGAAUGGACAAGGAACCUACUAACUUCACUGUCUUCUUUGAUGAUACUGCCACCCCCAUUUCAAACGCCGUCUACACUCCUUCAACAAAGGCAGUGAGCAUCACAGGUCUCCAGGGACUGGUCCUGGGACAGAACUUCUCCAUUGAGUGGAGAUUUUUGGUCAGUGACGAGCAGAAGUUCAACUGCUACCCCGAGGACCCUACUGUCUCCGAGGAGAGUUGCAGGCAGCGGGGUUGUCUUUGGGAGCCCACAGCUGUUCCUGGCGUGCCUACCUGUUUCUACGACACCAUCCCUAAUUAUGCCGGCAGUAAUAUUCAGUACCUGCCUACGGGCAUCACCAUGGACCUCACCCACCUGACAGCCCCUGAAUCAGCACGAGCUGCUGCCGCCGCUGCCUCUGAUACUCUCUCUGCAGCCAUCAGCUUUCUCCGCCUGAGCGUGAUCUACCACACAGAAAACAUGCUGCAGUUCAAGAUCUAUGACCCCACUAAUAAAAGGUACGAGGUCCCAGUGCCUCUGAACACCCCUCCCUCUCCAGUUGGUUCCCCUGAAAACCGUCUGUAUGAUGUCAAGAUUCAGAGCAAUCCUUUCGGGAUCCAGAUUCGACGAAAAAGCUCCAGCACUGUGAUUUGGGACUCCCAGCUCCCCAGCUUCACCUUCAACGACAUGUUCCUUUCCAUCUCCACGCGCCUCCCCUCCCAGUACCUCUAUGGCUUUGGGGAAACUGAGCACACAGCCUUUCGAAGAGACUUGAAUUGGAACACGUGGGGGAUGUUUGCCCGAGAUGAACCCCCGGGGUACAAGAAGAAUUCCUAUGGGGUCCACCCCUACUACAUGGCGCUGGAGGAGGACGGCAGUGCCCAUGGAGUGCUCCUGCUGAACAGCAACGCCAUGGAUGUGGCAUUCCAGCCCACUCCUGCCCUGACAUACCGCACCACAGGAGGGAUUUUGGACUUUUAUGUGGUUUUGGGGCCAACCCCUGAGCUUGUAACUCAGCAAUACACUGAGUUGAUUGGUCGGCCAGCAAUGAUUCCCUACUGGGCCUUGGGAUUCCAGCUGAGUCGCUAUGGAUACCAGAAUGAUACUGAAAUCUCCAAUUUGUAUGAUGCAAUGAGAGCAGCUCAGAUUCCCUACGACAUCCAGCAUGUAGACAUAGAUUACAUGGACCGGAAGCUGGACUUCACCCUCAGCCCCAGCUUUCAAAAUCUUAGCCUCGUGAUUGAGCGAAUGAAGAAAAAUGGCAUGAGAUUUGUUCUCGUUCUGGACCCAGCCAUUUCUGGCAAUGAGACCCAGUAUCUCACAUUCACCAGAGGGCAGGAAAACAACGUGUUCAUCAAAUGGCCAGACAACAGUGAUAUUGUCUGGGGAAAGGUUUGGCCAGAUCUGCCCAAUGUGAACGUGGAUGGAUCCCUUGACCAUGAAACUCAGGUUAAGCUAUACAAAGCCCACGUUGCUUUCCCUGACUUCUUGCGGAAUAGCACGGCUGCCUGGUGGAAGAAGGAAAUAGAAGAGCUCUAUGAAAACCCCCGAGAGCCAGAGAAGAGCUUGAAGUUCGAUGGAUUGUGGAUUGACAUGAAUGAACCAUCAAACUUUGUGGAUGGAUCUGUCAGGGGCUGCGGCGAUGACAUUCUUAGUAACCCACCCUAUGUGCCGUGUUUGGAGUCCAGGGACAAGGGCCUGAUCAGCAAGACCCUGUGCAUGGAAAGCCAGCAGUUCCUGCCCGACGGCUCCCCGGUGCGGCACUACGACGUGCACAGCCUGUACGGGUGGGCCCAGGCCAGACCCACGUAUGAAGCUGUGCAGGAGGUGACAGGACAGCGAGGGAUCGUCAUCACCCGCUCCACUUUCCCUUCUUCUGGCCGCUGGGGAGGACACUGGCUGGGUGACAACACGGCCGCAUGGGACCAGCUGAAGAAAUCUAUCAUUGGCAUGAUGGAGUUCAGCCUCUUUGGAAUCUCUUAUACAGGAGCGGACAUUUGCGGAUUCUCCGGAGAUGCUGUGUAUGAGAUGUGUAUUCGCUGGAUGCAGCUGGGGGCAUUUUAUCCAUUUUCCAGGAACCACAACACAUUCGGGACAAGGAGACAAGAUCCUGUGGCCUGGGGCUCAGAUUUUGAGAUGUUCUCAAGAAAAGUCCUCGAGACCAGAUACACCCUGCUGCCUUACCUCUAUACUCUGAUGCAUAAAGCUCACGUUGAGGGCAGCACUGUUGUCCGACCCCUUCUCCAUGAGUUUAUAAAUGACAACAGAACAUGGGAUAUAGACGACCAGUUUAUGCUGGGCCCUGCCAUCUUAAUCAGCCCCGUGCUGGAAAGUAACACUUCCCAAGUCCAUGCUUAUAUUCCCAGAGGCCGUUGGUAUGACUAUAGCACGGAAUCUGGCAGUGAAUCAACUGGUGGGCGUAAAAUCCUGGAGGCUCCCAUUGACCAUAUCAACCUUCACAUCAGAGGAGGCUACAUCCUGCCUUGGCAAGAACCUGCAAUGAACACUCACUUCAGCCGACAAAAAUAUAUGGGAUUGAUUGUUGCUUUGGAUGGCAAUGGGAGAGCUGAGGGUCAGCUGUUCUGGGAUGAUGGACAAAGCAUUGAUACCUAUGAAAAUGGAAACUAUUUCUUGGCAAACUUUACAGCAGCUCAGAACGUAUUGCAAAUCCAGACCAUACACAAUAAGUAUCUGAGUGACUCUAAUCCACUGAAAGUUGGAUAUAUUAAAAUCUGGGGCAUAAGUUCUCCUUAUGUAGCACAAGUCACUGUCACCUAUGACAACCAGCAAUCCGUGGUGAAUUUCAACAGUGACCCUUACAAUCAGACACUAACUAUUAACUUGACUGACAAGAUUAUCAGCCUGCAAAAGUUAACUGAGGUUACUUGGAUUCAUGGUGGUUCUAUAGCUUCUACUACACCUAUGAUGAGUACAUUCCCAAUGAGUCCUUUACAUCCUUCUACUACUUCUACUACUAAAGCUACAACUUCUGAGACUAUUAGCACUAGUUCUUCUCCUUCAAGUGCUAUUACUGCUAGCACUUGUGCUACUCUUCCUAUGACAACCACUCCUUUCCCAACAAGUGCUAUUGAAGUUUCAACUGGUACCAAGCCUCCUGAUACCACCACAUCUUUCCCUACAAAUACUGCUACUCAGAGUACUAGUGCUACUCUUCCUGUCACAAGCAUGCCUUUCCCAACAAGUGCUAUUGAAGCUACAACUGACACUACUGUUUUCAGUGCAACUACAUAUUCGCCUAUAGACACUACUACUGCUAGCAGUCAUGCUACUCUUCCUGUCACAACCAUGCAUUUCCCAACAAACACUACUACUGCUAGCAGUCAUGCUACUCUUCCUGUCACAACCAUGCCUUUCCCAACAAACACUACUACUGCUAGCAGUCAUGCUACUCUUCCUGUCACAAGCAUGCCUUUCCCAACAAGUGCUAUUGAAGCUACAACUGACACUACUGUUUUCAGUGCAACCACAUCUUCGCCUAUAGACACUAUUACUGCUAGCAGUCAUGCUACUCUUCCUGUCACAACCAUGCAUUUCCCAACAAGUGAUACUGAAGCUACAACUGACACUACUGUUCUUAAUGCAACUACAUCUUCGCCUAUAGACACUACUACUGCUAGCACUCAUGUUACUCUUCCUGUCACAACCAUGCCUUUCCCAACAAGUGAUACUGAAGCUACAAUUGACACUACUGUUUUCAAUGCAACUACAUCUUCGCCUAUAGACACUACUACUGCUAGCAGUCAUGCUACUCUUCCUGUCACAACCAUGCCUUUCCCAACAAGUGCUAUUGAAGCUACAACUGACACUACUGUUUUCAAUGCAACUACAUCUUCGCCUAUAGACACUAAUACUGCUAGCAGUCAUGUUACUCUUCCUGUCACAACCAUGCAUUUCCCAACAAGUGAUACUGAAGCUACAACUGACACUACUGUUUUCAAUGCAACUACAUAUUCGCCUAUAGACACUACUACUGCGUAUGGGAGCCUGCUGCCUGCCGACCACAACGGAGCAGAUUCAGUGGCCAAAGACUUCACUUAA